GUCGGUUUUUGUUAGGGGAUUGGAGUGCUUGGUUGUGGGUGUUCGGUUCUGAAGGGUUUCAUGGAUUUUUUUGUGGGUUUUGUAUAUGGGUUCUGCGAAAUACAGCCAUUUGGUAUAGCGUAUUAAUGGGCUUGGAGGUUUAGUAGUGGAGUAACCUGGGCCUGGAGUUGAGGAAUGCACUUUAGUUUUCUUCUUGCCUUGCCUGUUUGGACCUGCAUUUGAGAAGUACAGUGUUGCUUCCCUGCAUAUCUGAAUUUUUUUUCUCAUAUUAUCACUUGAACUGAACUCCAGGUUUUCACGGCUUUUACAACUCUGUGUUUCAUGACAAUUCUAAGCUAUGUUUCUCUAUAGAAACUCUUGCUAUGCUAUCAGAUCAUCAUUUUAUUCUUCUCAACGUUCUAGAGUUUAAUUAUAAACUAUAUAACCAAAAAACACUUAUGAGAUUCAUCUCGGCAGCCCUGGAGAAGUUUCACCACAAACCUCAAAGUUAAGGAGGGUGGCUACUUGACAUAGCUUUAGGUUGUACGGCAUAGCAGGUGGGAUGAUUCUGCACAUAAUGAGUAUUAGGAUCUUAUGAUGCUCUCUGGUAUUAGUUUUCUAUAAUGGCGGGGGAAGGGCAACUUCUAUUCCAUGACUUCUUGGGUACAAGCCCCAAUGAACAAAAGCAAACAGAGGGGUCUUUGUCUCAUAUUUCAUCAAGUACAGCUCCCAGUAAUGGCAGAGCAUUUGAGGAGAAAAAUAGCAGGAUUUUGUCUGCCAAAGCAUCAUCAGCGACUCAUGAAUGGCCAGAGGUAUCAUGUUCAGCUCCACCACUUCUUGCUGGAGCAUUUGCGAUGACGGCUCCUAGUAUUUCAGAGCCCAGUUCAGAGAGGUUAUCAUGGGGUAAUAGUGUCGGGCUUCUACCACGUGGUGACAGGGGUUCAUUUAAUAGACAAGAGGUCGAUAGUAGGUCCUUUGGGAAAAAGAGGGAUUCCUCAACUUCAAACAGUAAUCAUUUAUUGCAAGAUCGGCUUCAGAUCAGUGUAGACGCCUUGGAAAACUCACGUGGAUCCAAGAUAUCUCGCCUGGAUGAAAAGAGAGGAAGACUUUUUGAUGUUCCAACAGCUUUAGAUGAUUUCCAUAUGCCUAUGCAGCCACCCAAGCAAACUUCAAAUUGUUCAACUCUGUUGCAGUCAUCUAUGCACAAGCCUGAUUUUAUGGCAGUGAACAAGUUGGAGCGCCCCGUUUCAUUGAAUAUGGCAGCUUAUGGUCAUUCCCAUUUAAGGCAAUGUGGAGGCUUUCCCGAUAUGAAUUAUUCUAGUGCAUCUGGAGACAUUACUAGCAUGCCAUCAUCUUUGUCUAGGCCUGCAGCGGAUGAAGGUUCCCGAACUGGAUUACAAAUCUCUAAUUUAGGAAGCCUCAUAAACAAUGUCCCUAGCUCAACUCCUGACAGAAGUACAGGCAUGCCAGGAAUUUCAGUAGGAAGAACAAAAUUCUCAUCUCAAAGUGCAGGGUCAGAACCCGGCAUUCCGAAAAGCCAUCAGAUUGCUGCAUCGGCAAGUCGUCAGUUGACUGUAUUUUAUGGUGGACAAGCCCAUGUUUUUGAUGACGUACCACCUGUCAAGGCAGAUGCCAUCAUGGCCCUAGCUGGAUCAAAUGGCCGGUCAUGGUCGACUACUUAUACUCCCUGGCACAAGUCAUCUGAGCGCAAUGGUUUGGUUCCAGGAUCAGAAAGACAAAAGAACGAGGAGGAAAUAAGGAGCGGGAGAAGGGGCCUAUGAUGAUGAUUGAACACUCAAGGUUGACAACAACAAUAAAAUGGCUGUCUUUCAAAAAUGGGAAUAACUGUUCAUCUUAGGGGUGGUCGGCAUACAAUGUGCAACGUACACAUGGUAAUCUUUGGCAGAGUUAACUGCUAUAAAAACAGAGAAACAGAUCUUAGCACCUAAUCUGUGGGGAAAUAGGCUUCAUCAUGGAGUAAUUUUUAGCUUUAUUCAACUUAUAUAGGAAGGGAGUGAAACAAGGCUGUAAUGCUAAAUGUACGUCAGAAAGGUCUUCAGUGGAAUGAUUUUUAGAAUGUAUAGAGCGUUGCUUUAAGCGACUCUGUUUCCACAAAUUCCAUGAUGUUGGAUUUGAACAGAAGAAUUAUUGAUCAUCUAUGAAGUAAUGUCAAUGUUUUAUGGUUUUGUCCA